GUUUUAGCCAAAUUAAUUUGUUAAUGUCCAAUUCAAUCCUUAAGCUGCAGCUGGAGGAAGAGAAAAAACAUUAAGAAUUGAUGGGCAAGUCUCAAAUUUUCUCUUCCCUCCUCUGUCUGCUGAUCUUCUCCUUCACCUCCUCUCUUCUCCAUUUGGCAUCCUCCACAUGCCCCAUGGAUCUCUCCUACGUCCAAACCUUCCCAUGGGACACUACCCUCUGCCGCAGCCACGACGCUGGCGCCGACAGCCGCGGCCGCUGCUGCCAAUCCCUCCUCAGCCUCUUCGGCAUGGGACUCGCCCAACACCUCAAAGACACCUCCUUGUUCCAACUCCCCGAUGCAAAUUCUUCAUCCUCUUGUCUCUCCAUCUUCCAAUCCCAGAUCGCCGCGCUCUCCAUCGAUCCCUCUUUAGUCCCUCAGUGCUUCAGCAACACCGCCCAGUUCGUCACCAACACUUCGAGCUGCGUGGGAAUCGAAAAUAAACAAGAUUGGAUUAAAAAGAUUGGUGAAACAACUGAGCUGGAUCAGUCCUGCAGAUCUGGAGACAUGGUGCAGCAGGGACUAACUUGGUGCAGCGCCUGCCUCGACGCCGGGUUGAAGGUGACCUCCCAGCUGGUGGCUUCAGACCCCAAGCACUCCACCAAAUGCUUCUACUUCACCAUUUUGUAUGCUGCGGGAAUCGUCAACGAGUUCGGUCCCAAGGACGAACGGACCGCUACUUGCAUAAUGGGCUUGCCCUUGUCCUCCUCCACAAAACCCGAUCGCGAAUCGUCGAAUGGUACUUCGAACCGAAACAACUUGCUCAAGUUGGUUUUUGGGGCUUUGGGUGUUCUUGUGGGGGUUCUGAUUGCCAUAGGAAUACUGUUCUUUGUGUACAGAAAAAGGUUAGUGAAGAAAAGGCAACAAGCUUUGCACGAAGAGUUCGUGAAUGGGGUAAGGGCGCGGGUGAAACCGAACACCGGGGCAACAUGGUUUGGCAUCGCCGAGCUCGAACGAGCAACAAGUGGGUUUUCUCAGAGAAACUUUAUAGGCCAAGGCGGGUACGGAAUUGUUUACAAGGGUACCUUCUCCGACGGCACCGUGGUGGCGGUGAAGCAAAUCCUGGACUUGGACUCCAAAGGGGACAAAGAAUUCACCAAUGAAGUCGAGCUCAUAAGCAAAAUAAGGCAUAGAAACUUGCUUCCCCUCCGAGGCUGCUGCGUAACAAGUGAUAAUUCCAGAGGUAGAAGAAGGUAUCUCGUGUACGACUUCAUGCCCAACGGAAGCCUCCACGACCACCUCUUCAAUUCAAAAAUCAAACUGAGUUGGCCGCAGCGGAAGAACAUAAUCCUGGACGUGGCGAGGGGACUGGCUUACCUGCACCACGGGAUCCGGCCGGCGGUGUACCAUCGGGACGUGAAGGCGACGAACAUUCUGCUGGACGAGGAGAUGCGGGGGAGGGUGGGGGAUUUCGGGCUGGCGAGGCAGAGCGAGGAGGGGCAGUCGCAUCUGACGACGAGGGCGGCGGGGACGCACGGGUACGUGGCUCCGGAGUACGCGCUGUACGGGCAGCUGAAGGAGAAGAGCGACGUGUACAGCUUCGGGAUAGUGAUUCUGGAGACGAUGAGCGGGAGGAAGGUGCUGGACGCGGCGUCGAUGAUGAUGAGCAGUUGCAGCACUGAGGUUCUGAUAACGGAUUGGGCGUGGAAGCUGGUGAAGGCGGGGAGGGUGGAGGAGGUGGUGGAGGAGGGGAUGAGGGGGGAGGGGGCGAGAGGGGUUAUGGAGAGGUUUGUGCUGAUUGGGAUUCUGUGUGCGCAUGUGAUGGUGGCGUUUAGGCCUACCAUUGCGGAGGCUCUGAAGAUGUUGGAAGGGGACAUUGACAUUCCGCCGUUGCCCGACAGGCCAUUGCCUCUGACUCUGAGCCAUGAGCCGUUUCGAUUGGAGUCUCUGCAGUUACCGCAUGGAGUUUCUUCGUCGUCGGGGAUUAGUGAUGGAUGGAGACCCAGCUCGAGCGGGAGCUCGUUCGUGUAGUAUCCGUCUUGUCAGAGGAAAGCUAGCUUUAAUUUUUAUAAGUGGCUUGUUGUGUACAUACGGGCUGGGGCAGGCAGGCAUGAGGUAGAACUGCAACUGUCCCCAAAGUUUGGGGAUUGGGUAUUUUUUGCCACUAAAAUUUGGCAUCAAUAGUCCAAUUGCUUUGUUGUUAAUUAUGAAUGGAGCUUGUUUGUGUAGUAUCCCUCUCAUCAGAGGAAAGCUAGCUUUAAUUUUUGUAAUUGGCAUGUUGUGUACAUACGGGCUGGGGCAGGCAGGCAACUGUAACUGUACCCAAAAUUUGGGGAUUGGGGAUUUUUUGCCAUUAAAAUUUGGCGUCAAUGGUCUAAUGCUUUGCUGUUAAUUAUGAUUGGGGCUCAUAUAAUACUAAGAAAAAUAAUUGUUGUACAGCCAAAUUAAAAA